AUGUCACGCCUUUUUUUCAAGUCAUACUGGUUUGCCCCCUUUUGCAAACGCGUGUCUAUAAUAUCUCAAGCCAAGGUCUCUCUUGUCAACAACUUUGAUCCACUUGACCCCAAGAAUGUUGCUGAUCCCAAGUUUGCCAAUCUGUCUCUUUCUGGUCUAGAAACCCAGGCCUUGGUUCUUCAAAAUGCUAACUGCAUUCAGGCUCUUAAGUUUCUGUAUCCUCAUCUUGUUCUCCCAGUUGCACACUUCUUUGUCCAAUCAGGAUGGAUUAGUAUUGAGGAAAUUCCUGCCUGUCCUAUAGCUGAAAACUUUGGAUUAUGGAAUGCCAAUAGACUUCAACCUCGUGCAAUCAAAGACGUGCUCAACCACUGUCAAUCUCUUUAUAUGCUGCUUAUCACCAAAACAUGGCUUCUAUCCCCAGCCCAUCUUCCAACCUCAUGGUCUCAAUAUCAUCUCUAUGGAUCUUGUGUUGCUGGCAACUACCGCGGAUCAAAGGGGGUGUCAUUGUUAGUCUUUCCUUCAUGUCCUUAUGCUGUCACUCAAAUACCUAUGCCCAACAACUAUGCUCUUGCUGUCAAGAUAGGCACCCUUCAACUUAUAUGCCUUUACUUACCACCCUCUAUGCCCACUCAUGAAGCUCUUGAUAUCCUCUCAGCCAUUCCUUUGACUGAUGAUACUAUUAUAUGUGGAGAUUUUAAUGCACACCUUGGUUCAGUAACUGGUGACUAUACAUAUAACCCUCAUGGUGUAGCUUUAGAGCAAUGGCUUGAAGAACGAUUUUUAACUGUCCUCAAUGGAGUUUUCUCACCAUGCACACCCACAUACAUUUCCUUUUCACCUCCACCUAUGCGCCAAACUUGGAAUCUGUCACGUCUUUAUGAAGAUAAUGUCAGAUCAUUAUAUGUCACCACCUUUGUCACCAAAUCCGCCCCCUUCUCACUAUACUGCAAGACCUUGUCCAGAAUCCGCCAACCCUAUGUCCACCCAUUGAUGCUCUUACUAACUCUUUCAAUGCACUCAUGUAUGACUCUCUUAGUAGCUCAAUUGGUUCUCACACCCCUUGCCCCUCACAUUGGAAAUCGUUUUGGACCCCUGCAUUGCAAGCUGCAGCCGACCAUAGAGAUGAUUGUUACAAGCAAUGGCGUUGAGCUUGUGGCAUUGACAAGAUCAAUUGGUGGAGCCGGCACCAGCAUGCACACAAGGAGUUCCGUCAGCAAGUUCAGACAGCAAAGCAUUUGUCUUGGCAUGCUUUUUGUCGCUCAAUGA